CAAGGAGCAAAACGAAAGUUUAUUCUAUUUUUAAAUAAAAGUGUAAAAUAGGUUUAUUUCACUAGGUGUAUCAAAAUAUCGGAUUUUUUUAAAUUUAAAAAUCAUUUUUGAAGAUUUUGUAAACCUUUUAAAUUGGAAUUACUGGCGGUUUAGACCUUAUGACAUCUCCUCGUUAAUUGGUACUUGGUGAACCUUUUGAUGUGGCAAAUAAUGAUUGAUCGGGGCUAGGGUACUUAGCCUCGAGUGCCCCUUCCUAAGUAGAUGUUAAUUUACAAAGCUUAUAACUUGGACUUGCGCCAAUGACUACUAGCCCAACUGGUAAGAGGUGUGAAGGUUUACCCACAGGUCACGGGUUUGAUCCCGGGCCAGUGGGGUUCCUACACGGGGCUUAGACCAGACCGACCGGGAGGUAACGCACUACGGGCCGGCGGAUUCGAACCUGAGCAGAACGGAACCAUUGAAAUCUAAAGAACAAAACAUUGAGAGGAAAAACAAUCCAAACAUGCUUCAAAGUUUAGUUUCAAUUAUGUUUGGAUCAUGCAAAUCCAAGUCAACUGCAAGUGGAGUUAUUCAAAACAAAACAACAGAAGCAAUUCCGUCGUAUCAAACGCUUCUCCAUUGUGGAAUCUGCAGCAUCUCUUUGUGCACCCAGACCUACCACCAGUGUAAGAACGGGCACCUCAGCUGCUCCUUUUGCUGUACAAGGUUGGGCAGAAUAUGUACCCUAUGCAUCUUGGGAAAUCUGAAGAAAACAAAAGUUGAGUGCAAAAACAAAAGUCUCACAUUGAUCCACAGUAAGAAAUUAGCCGACGACAAAACAAGAUGUUGUUGUCCCUUAUGCGCCUUCGCUAAUUCUUCCAACAAACUGUACGAACAUGUCCGGUGCCACCGCCUUUUAAUCACUUCUUUCACUUACGGGGCCCCCUUCUCUGUCCCCGCCCCUCUCGAACUAGGUAACAAGCGCAUGAUUCUUCAAGAAGAGCAUGAAGGUGUGAUCUUCACCCUUUGCCAUCGCGUGCUUCAAGAUCAAACCGCAAGAGUUUUCAGUGUCGAUUGCAUUGGGCAACCAAUGCGAAACAAAGCUUUUAUCUACAAACUUUCAGUGAGAUGCAAAGAGGGACGGUUCUCAAUGGAGUCUAAACCGAAUGUCCAUACAAAUCAGACCAAACACACAUCUAACAAAGGUCUUCUAAUCAUUCCAUCCAGCAUUAAUGGUCAAAUCCUUGUUGAAGUAUGCAUACGCAAGGUCGGUCGUCUAGAGACUUCAUAAAUUUGUUCUUUUACGUGAUUUACUAUUAUUACCCUAUUAUC